GCAUUUGUUUGUAAACAGAAUUGAUAAGAGAUGCUUUAGAAAUAAAAAUAAUAUAAAAAUAUUACAUUGCGGUGUAAAAAAAAUUUGUCAAAAUGACCCUUAUACUCUUAAGUGAAUAUUUCUGUUUCGUACACCUAUUAAAAAGUAGAAAAAAGAAUUUGCAGAAUAUAGGAAAAUUCUCAUUAACUUAAACAGAAACAUGAAAUGCAGAGGUUUCCAAUAUAAGAAAAUGUUUUCAGUAAAGGAACUCUUAAUCAAAAAAAGUUUCAAUGCUGUUUCCAAAAUAUUCCAGUACUGCACCGGAAUAACAAACUGGAAAAAUUUCCGUGUACGCUGUAAAAAAAAUAUUUUUCCUGAUUUACAAUUUUGACUUAAACAAUUUACAGAAAUCUGUAAUAGUGCAUUUUUAAAUGUCGAAAAUUUACACAAGCCUUAUGUCAAAUUAAUGAUUUAGAACUUUUUGUGAGAUUUAAAAAUGCAAUAUUACAGAUUUCUGUAAAUUUACGAGUCAAAACUGUGAAAACGGCAAAAUAAUUUUUUACAGUGUACAUACAUAUAGAUGGACACAGUUUUGGUUUUAUGCUCCAAAAAUUAAACUGUAUAAAUGAAAGAACUCCACUGCUUGAUUCUUCAAAUCGCAGUAUGGCAGAGAAAGUAGGUAUAUCUCAACAAACUCUUGUGUCGGAUACCAAUCUUGAUGGACGUGCUCGAAAAUUACCUCAAUAUGCUGCUGGACUUGCAUCAACACUUGGUGCAUUGGCAGCAGGUAUGGUACUGGCAUGGACAUCACCUGCUGGUUUAGAAGUUGAGGGUACAAAUAUCACAAAAUUAGCCCAUGAAUAUGAAAUUCCAAUAUCAGAUGACGAAUUUUCUUGGAUUGGAUCAUUGACAACGCUUGGAGCUGCAGCAAUAUGUGUUCCUAUUGGAAUUUUAUGUGAUUUAAUUGGAAGAAAAUUUUCUAUGCUAAUGCUCGUUGUACCUUUUACAAUUGGUUGGGGUCUUAUAAUUGGAGCAAAUUCAGUUUCAUUAUUUUAUGCGGGACGUUUUAUACUCGGUGUUAGUGGCGGAGCAUUUUGUGUAGCGGCUCCAAUGUACGCAGCAGAAAUUGGCGAGAGUGAAAUUCGCGGUCAACUUGGUUCUUAUUUUCAAUUAAUGAUGACAGCUGGAAUUCUUCUUACCUACGCAUUUGGAAUGGCUGUGAAUAUUUUAUGGUUAUCUGUGAUUAGCGCUAUUGUACCUAUCAUAUUUUUUGUUGCAUUUAUGUUUAUGCCCGAAUCACCCACUUAUUAUCUGAUGAAAGGAAAUGUAGAUGCUGCCCGUACUAGUAUGGUUAAACUUCGAGGGUCGAAUUAUAAUGUUGAACCAGAAUUGUUAAUACAACAAGAAAUACUGGAUGAAAUGAAUAGAAAUAGAGUGUCAUUCUUUACAGCCAUUCAAAGUAAAGCAGCUGUUAAGGCUCUUAUAAUAGCUUUUGGAUUAAUGUUUUUUCAACAACUUAGCGGAGUUAAUGCAAUUAUUUUCUAUGCUGCAAAAAUAUUCACAGCCGCUGGAAGUUCAUUAUCUUCGGAGGUUUGUACAAUUAUUGUUGGCGUAAUGCAAUGUGCUGCAGUGUUUGUAAGCACAAUGAUUGUUGAUAAACUGGGACGAAGAAUUUUACUUCUUGCAUCGGAAGUAGCAAUGUGUUUAACUACAUUAUUAGUAGGCGUUUUCUUUUAUAUGCAAGAACAAAAAAUGGAUGUGAGCGCAAUUGGUUGGCUACCAUUGACAAGUGUUUGUCUUUUUAUUGUUCUUUUUUCACUUGGAUUUGGACCAAUUCCAUGGAUGAUGAUUGGAGAAAUAUUUUCAUUACAAACAAAAGGAACGGCUGGCAGUGCUGCGUGUUUAUUUAAUUGGUUAAUGGCUUUUGUUGUAACAAAAUUUUUUAAUAAUUUAACAGCAGAACUUGGAAACAGUGUAACAUUUUUCAUUUUUUCAGUAGUAUGUGCAGUUGGAUUCUUUUUUGUUUUCUUUUUGGUUCCAGAAACAAAGGGAAAAACGCUUCAAGAAAUUCAAGCAGAAUUAGAGGGUUAAAAUUUUAGCUAGAGAAUUUUUAGAUCAAAAGGAAGUCCAAAGUCUAGGUUUUGUUAUUUAUCUCUGUUACGUUUCGUUUUUAUAUCAAUACGAUUGCUGUUUGUAAAUAAAUCUCGUAUCCGAAUUUAUUGUUAACAAAUCUAUAUUAGCUUGAGGACUUUCCAUUGUAUAUUUGUAACAAACUUGUAAGGAAAAAGUGAAUUAUAAAAAAUUAUGAAUAGGAAAUUUCAUAAAAAAAAGAUGUGAAUUCGUAUAUUUUCAAUUUUCAACUGGUAAAACAGUAAUAAACGAAAUAUAACGUUUGUUGUUUAUUGCUAUAAUUAUAAAGCUAACAAGUUAUACAUAAGAGGUAGCAUGUCCAAAAUUGAAUAUAUGUAUUUAUCUUAUAUAAGUCAUAUAAAAAAUUUGUAAUUUUCAUAAAAGUGAAAAAUCUUUAUUUCUUCUAUUCUAAUUAUUAUUAUUAAUGAAAAGUGGAAACUAACAAAUGUUUCCACUGCUUUUAGUAGUUAAACUUUCUUUUUAUAGUUGAUUUUUUAAUAAAGUAUACAUAUUUUACUCUUAA